AUGCCCCGGCCGCGGUACUCCGGCUCCCAGCCCGAAUCCUUCAACCUGCGCUGGCACAGCGUCGUCGACCCUGCCACGCCCAGCGCCGACAUCAUGUCGUCGCCGGAUCCCCUCAACGACCAGACCCUGCCCGGCGGCGACUUCUUCGCGCCCCCCUCGUCGGCGGCCACGCGCCGCGUCACGCGCAGCCAGCGCUCCCAGCGCUUCCUCGCCCUGAGCAGCUCCCCGCGCAAGCAAAUGUUUGAGCUGCAGGUCGGCGACAGGAGAUCCCCCCAGCGCCUGCUCGUCACCGUCGAGACCGAGGACGGCGCCGACGCGUCUGCCGUCGUCGCGCCCGGCAGCAGCAGCGCCAUCGGCCCCCGGCGCAAGCUGUUCCAGUCGCCGACCCCCCGUUCCGCGACGCGCCGCCGCAAGACGCCCGCCGUCACCACCACAACCGUGCCUCUGCGCGAUACCACCGAAGAGGCAGACGUCCUCGGCGACGCGCCGAUGACGCCGAGGCGAAGGGGCCGUCCGCGCAAGUCAAACGGCACACCCAUGCCCAGCGCGGCCAAGAGGCGAGCUGGCACCCCUGCCAAGUCCAGGACGCCGCGACGCCCUCGGACCGCGCAGACCGACGACGAAGACCCAGCCAUGUCCGAGGCCAGCAUCGCUCCUACACCCAAAUCCGGCAAACGGGGACGGCCGCGAAAGAACCCCGCGCCCGAAGCCCCAAGCGAGACCGGCACGGAAACCACCCCAGGCGCAACAAGACAGAGCAAACGAAGGCGACAUGCGCUCGCGCCCGAGGAACUGGUUGAGCUCGCCGAUGCGGCGGCAAAUCAGAGCCAACCGCAACUGUCCACCGGAGCCGGGGCGCCGAGCGAGAACGAGAUGGAACUCGUGGCCGCGCCGUCGGAAGCCGCGAGCUACGCGCCAAUGGCAGAACCGGUGUCGGACGACGAUGAGCCGGGGCCGGAUAUGUGGAUGGAUGCGCUCGACGAUGAUGCGACACCAAGAGCGGCGACGCAGGAGCCACAACAACCACCAGCACCAAGUUCCCCAACUCCGCGGCGUGCCUCGAAAUCACCACGGCAUGUACGAAAGCAGAGUGAAAACAGGGGUAACAGCUCUCAGGCGGGCGACUAUCUCGACCUUGUCCCCGCGCCGAGCGACGUAUCCUCUGUCAACGAACCCAUGGGUGCCACCAACGAUACCAUUGCACAAGGAGAGGAUUUUAGCAUGAUUUUUAUGGAUUCGAUCCCGUCAUUACAAGGGUUUUUUAACAGCUCUAUCCCGCCUAGAGCGCCAGCCGCCCAAGAAGAGGAGCUCGGCGAAGAGACGAGCCUCAUCAUCAACAACACGCUCGAAACCUUGCGGCAGAGCGUUGUGCAAAGGGAAACCUCCGAUCAGGUUGCGGCGCCAGAACCGGAAAAGGAGGCCACUGCUGCGCAGCUGGACUCUCCGCAUUCCGAGCUUCCCCGUCGAGGAUCUGAACCGCGCCAUGAUGAUCAGGAGGAUGAUUUGGCCAUGGAUCUGCCUCAGCAAGAAGAAGACGCGGGGUUGGAAGCAGACGAGGAUGAGCUGGCUCCAAAAGAGCCUUCCCCUACCUUGCCGCGACUUCGGAGCUUUGCGAGACCUACUCCGGCUCCCAGAUGGUCCAGCAGCCCUCGAAAAGGCCCUGCGUCUUCUCCGCUCCGAUACCGUGUGCUCAGAGCCACAACACAACAGGCCCAGGGUUCUCCAUCCCCUCGGAAGGUCGCCACAACGGGCACUCCUCGAUCGGGUCGCGCAAAGGGAAGAUCCCCACGUGUCGAUGCCGAGGCGUCAAACGCGUACGAUGAUUCGUUCUCCGAGAUUCCACAGGACAUCCUUGAGGCGGCUACGCCAGGGAGGCAUCUUGCGACGGCACAGCACGAAUCUGACGAUGAAAUGGAAAUGGACGAAGUACAAGACCAUGGUGACUCACCGGAGGUGGAGGAAGACGAGCUGCAGGAAGCCUACCAAGAGGCGGCAGCGGAGCAGUUGCGAUCAGACGAAGCAGAGGUUCGUCGCGAGGAGACUAUGCGCAGCAGUCCUGAAGUCGACUACGACCACGAGCAGGAGAUGGAGAUGAAUGAACAGGAAGCCGAUCACGAGGAUGGGUUGGAGGUGGAGGACCACGACCAUGAGCAUGAGCUAGACAUGGAAUCGGCUGAGCAGGAACAGGAGCACGAGCAAGAGCUGCCUGCUCCAUCUGUGGGCAGUUCAGCUGCACGGUCCGAUGCUGGGCGUCUGCCGACACCAGACGACACCCUCUCACAGCCGGAUGCCGAGGACCAACCCGAGCUCGAACGGUCAGUCCGAGGGUCUACGGCGUCCUCGAAGCUGGCCUCGCCUAUGCAAUCCCGCAUUGGCAAUGCGGCGUCUACCGGUGCGGCGCUCAGCCUGGCCGAGAUUGACCCUGACAAUCACCCAGAGCCUCUCGAAGAGGAACAAGAAGAGCCGGAACAGUCACCAGAGGGGGCAGCUGCUGCGUCGGAGCACUCAGUCGAAGCCACCCCAGUCCAUCAAAUCUCAUCUCCCAUGCAAGAGCCGCACUCGCUGCAGCAAGAGACCUUGCAGGACAAGACAAUCCGGCCUGCUCUGUCCGCUAUUGUCAGGGCCGGGCGAAUGCUCCAGAGCAUCACCUCAGAUCCGCCAUCGCCAGAAGGCCGUGAGAAGCAGCUGGGCAGCCCUUUCAGGAGCUCCGGCAGUAAGGAGUCGUGGAACGGCUCACGGGACAGUCAAAACAGCCAGCACAGGAGCAAGAGUCCGCAGCAUCACCUUCUUCAGCCAAUGGCCUUCAGCGAGCCCGCAGGUGCCUCGAGCAGCCCGGCGAGAGAGGUUGACGUGGGACAAGAGCCUGAGGACGAGCCUGAGGACGAGACCCAUGCGGAUGAGACGCACGGUGACUCGGCGGCAUCACCUGCUGGAGGCAAUGCUUCGCUGGAGAAACAACAGCGGCCUCGCUCAAGGGAGUCCGCAGCGAGCUCCAUCCGGAUAUCCCCCGCGAGCGAGGCCAUGAGCUGGGUCGUGCGAGAAGGCCCCAUCAGCCCACGCUUGAGGGGCGACGUUCCGCUGCAGCACGCCUCCCACUCGUCGACCAUCGGCGCGGUUAAGAGCUCCGCGUCCCACGGACAGCCCGACGAGGCCGUGGACGAGCCCGACGAGCUGAGCACGGGCGUGCGAGACGAUGAGACGGACAUUUGGGAGCUCGAGGCCCUGCGCGAGUCGCCACCCAAGCCGACGACUCGGCAGCAGCCGUUUGGGAAGAGAACCACCACGGCGGCUAGCCUUCGCCGUCGCGGGAUGGCGAGCCCCUGGAGGAAGAAGCCUGCGGACGUUGCAGCACGUCUGGUGGCCAAGGACACUCCUGCCGUCCCUGAGAAAGAGCAGGCCGCACCGCAGGCACAGCCCAGCGAGGCGGACGAAUAUUCGCUGCUGAGGGCGUCAAAGCAGCAAAAGGACGACGCGGCCGCAGCAGCGCAUCUCGAGUCGGCGUCCAAGCAGGCCAGCCGCUUUGAGCUGUCGUCCUUCUUCUCCUCUCCCGCUGCCAUUCCAGGCAUGUUGGCGCAAAAGUUCCUCCCAGCAAAGGCUGCCACUGCCACGACCAGCAAGGGCAAGCCAGACCGGCCGGCGUCGGCGCAGCAAGCCACAGCCAUGCCGACGAGCUCCAUGUUCCCCCAGAUACCACAGAAGGAGUUCCAUCCCAGCAGCAGUCCGCGCAGGGACCUGUUCUCGCCAGCCCGCUCUCAGCCGGCCCCCGCUGUCGAGGCACGGCCACCGCCGCCACGGCCAGCACCCGCCGUCGUUGUUGCCGACUCUCCCGCCGACGAGGAGCCGUCGUCUCCCGCGACCCCAGAGAGGAUCCCCGUACCCAUCACGGUGACGCAGAAGCAAAACUUCACGCCCCGACCCCGGCAGGCUAGCCAGACCUUCUUCCAGCCGUCGUCGCAGCGCACCAACACGGAGACGCCGCCCAGGAUGCAGCUGUCCCACGAAGACAUCCAUCGCUGGCAGCAGGAGACGUCCAACGCCAGCGAGCAGUCGUCACCCCGCCACCGCGAUGGCCUGCUCCGGCCCCUGCCUCCCAAGAACGCCUCGCCGACUAAAUCGAGCCUGCGGUCGCCCCUGAAGCCUCGCACCCCCGGACGAGUCGUCGAGUUUACGAGCAGCGUCCUCUCGCCGGCGGAGCAGGCCCGGGUGCGCCAGGAGCGCCGCAUUUCUCACUCGUUCCUGUCCGAGCAGCAGCAGCAGGAGGACUUCGAGGCGGCCGCUCCAUCUGUCGGCUCCAGCUCGGCGGCUGCUGCGGCGGCCGUCGACACAGAAGAUAAAGAGAACAGCACUUCCAACAGCGCCAGCGACGGGACGGAGGACCUCUUCAUGAGCGACGCGGUGGCCUUCCAGCCACCACCACCACCACCACCGGCCCUCCAGAAGCAGACACCGAAGCGGGCGGGCCGAGCACAACAGCUGCAGCGGCGACAGCAGCAGCAGCAACAACAACAGGAGGAGGAUGAUGACGGCCCCCUCUCGCUCUCCGUCUGGAGCCGCGGGCACUGGCUCCUCCUCGACGCCAUUCUGCAGCGCCGGCGCCAGGGCCCCCUGCGCACGCCCUACCCGCGCAGGGCCGACCGCUACCUCGGCAAGACGGUCAAGAGCCAGGGCGAGGCGAUGCGGCUCGAGCGCUGGCACCUCGACUGCGUCGACGCCUUCCGCGCCCAGGUCGGCGGCUGGGACGAGGGCGCCCUGGCCAAGCGCCUGUUUGCGCUCAUCCUGGGCGAGGAGCAGAGGGAGAGGGCCGCCGCGGCCGAGGGGACGACUGCCAUGAUGCCCGCCGGGAGGGUCAUGUUUCACUGA